AUGCAAUCUCAUCCUUUUUUCAAGUACUUGGUUUGGUCAAGAGGCUCCAGAUCAGUGUUAAAUGUAUCUGUUCUGAGUGCUUCCUUCGUCUCAGCCCGCCAGAGUAUCCGUAUUCCGCCUGAGGGCUCGACGGGAAGCUCUAUUCAUCUGGAUCUAUAUUAUCUUCUCUUCGCAUCCAACCGUCGUGUUCCAAGACAAGUUCCUCAUUAG